AUGCUGGGUCGACGUCUUGACUUGCGCUUCGCUCGUCCUCUCCGAGCCAUCCGUCGCGCUCUGCCUCCGGUCAAUUUCAUCACUCUGCAUUAUGCUUACUUUAUAUUCACCUGUCUGUUGGCCGCCGUCAUCUUCUGGGCAUCUUCAACUAUUACCCAUGUAGAUUUUACUGACGCCUUGUUCCUAUGUGUCAGUGCCAUGACUGAAGCCGGCCUGAAUACUGUUAACCUGAGCGAGCUCAAUACCUGGCAGCAGAUUAUGCUAUUUGCUCUUAUCUUCAUAGGCUCCGCUAUCUUCGUAUCCAACUUCGUCCUCCAAGUCCGGAGGAGAGCAUUUGAACGCAAGUUCAUAAGCGUCAUUGAAAACAGGGCUCGGAAACAGCGGCGCACUUCUCUCAGAGGCUCCACCUUUUCCAUGUCCAGGCUCUCGAUAAGCAGAUCUCGAGAGAACAACAAUCCAAAUCUGGGUCUAGAUAAGCAAUCUCGCUUAGCAGACAUGGACGAGGCCCAUAGCCCUGUCAGGAGAGGCCGUGCUUCGACCAGCAAAACCUCCCUGCGCUUGAGCACAAGCAAGGAUACCGAUGGGGCCGGCGAUGAAUCGCAUAUCGCUGAAGACGGUUUGCACGAUGUCACCUCCCCGGAUCGUAUCACCUUCAGCCCUGAGACUGUAUUCCGAUCGCAGAGAUACCAGGACGAUCAACCGUCGCCGACCAAACCGAGACAGCGUGUCUUCUCCGUCUCCGGUGUUGGAGCCAGAUCUGAAGCCAGUCUCCAGCGUGUUGCAUCCAUCUCGCGCACCUCUGUUGCUGAGGAAGCGCCUGUUGGUAAUCAGUCUACUGCUGACUACUUUCCCUCUGCUGGCUACAUAUCUCGCAAUUCCACGUUCCACAACCUCACUGAAGCCGAACGCCAAAAGCUUGGUGGUGUGGAAUACAAGGCACUUUUGUGGCUCUCCUGGAUCGUCCCUCUGUAUCUCGUCCUUUGGCAACUGCUUGGAGCUCUAGGCUGUGCUGCUUGGGUCGCGUACAACCGUCCGGAGACAGCUCGAUCUAACGGCCUCAACCCAUGGUGGGUAGGAGCUUUCAAUGCUGUGUCUGCCUUCAAUAACUCUGGUAUGAGCUUGCUGGACGCCAACAUGGUAGCCUUCCAGACAUCGUACUAUCUGUUACUGACUAUGGGCCUGUUGAUCCUCGCCGGGAAUACCUGCUAUCCGAUCUUCCUCCGGUUGAUCGUUUGGAUAAUCUACAAGUCUCUACCCAAGACAGCCAGGUUCGAAGAUCAUCGAAACACUUUGCGUUUCUUGCUCGACCACCCUCGCCGCUGCUACACUAAUCUUUUCCCAUCAGAGCAUACCUGGUGGCUAGCCUUUGCUGUCUUUAUUCUCAACGGCGUUGACUGGGCUGCUUUCGAGAUCUUGAACAUCGGCAAUCGCGUACUUAACGCAACCAUCCCUGUUCAUAUCCGCGUGCUUGAUGGUCUCUUCCAGGCCUUUGCCGUUCGCUCUGGAGGCUUCUAUGUGGUUGCCAUUCCCACCGUCCGCAUCUCGCUUCAAGUCCUAUAUGUGAUCAUGAUGUACAUCUCCGUAUAUCCUGUCGUCAUCACAAUGCGUAACAGCAAUGUCUAUGAAGAGCGAAGUUUGGGUGUCUACGAUGAGAAUGAUCCAGACAACGUAUCUGAGGCCUCCAAAGAUCCCAACAGCUUCUAUAGCAAGUUCCGCGGGGUGAAGAAACAAAUCGCGACUGGAUUCGGUGGGUUGAGUGAGGGCAAGAGCUACUUCCUACAGCAGCAGCUGAGGGCGCAGCUCGCGCAUGACGCUUGGUGGAUUGUCUUUGCCGUGUUUCUCAUCAUGAUCAUCGAGGGUGGACAAUUCGAACGUGACCCAAAGACUUUUUCUGUCUUCAACGUCAUUUUCGAAGUCGUUUCCGGCUACGGUACAGUUGGCAUAAGUGUGGGUGUUCCUGACAAUGCGUACUCAUUUUGUGGCUCAUGGCACAAAUUGAGUAAGCUCAUUCUGUGCGCUGUCAUGUUGAGAGGAAGGCACAGGGGUCUACCCAUUGCCAUCGACCGUGCAGUAUUGCUGCCGGACGAGAAACAAGAUUUGGCCGAAGAAGAGGAUGCGGCAAUCAGACUGGAGAGAGCAGUCAGCAGACACACUGCGAAUGGUGAUGUGGUCUGA